UUUUUUUUCAAUUUUAAAGAAAGGAAAAACUUUUUUCAAACAAACUUGAUCGACCGUUGGUCUCUUUACUCAGUAUACAUCAAGAACUUGACUCUCUCUGAAAUCCAAAGCUGUGAAUUCUCUGCCAAUUAGUAUUGGUUCUGGAAGACAGUAGUGUGAUGGCCGGCGAUCUCGUCUUCACUGAAGAUGAACUUGCUAUUGACGAAGCACUGGGUUACCCAAAAGUUUACGCCAAGCUUUGCAGAGAUAGAAGUUUAGGACCCUAUAGCCAUGGCCCUCCUUUCGCUUUCAUCCCUUUUGCUCUUCCUCAACAGGAGGUUGUGAAAGCACAGGAGCUAGAUGAAUUGUUCCCCAUCAUUGACUCGAAAGCAAAGCCAACUACCAAGCCCAAGAUUUUCCUCGGUCUCCUUUGGAAACAACUCAACCACCUUGGAAAUGCUGGUUUUGAUCCUGAAAUAUUUCGUGUUGACCCGUAUGGCAAUGUUCUGUAUUAUCAUGCUGAUGCUGCUUCGCCGCUUGCAUGGGAAAUUGACCAUUGGUUUCCUUUAUCAAGAGGAGGAUUGACAGUAGCUAGCAAUUUAAGGAUUCUGCAGUGGCAAGUGUGCAAGAAGAAGCAUAAUACACUGGAAUUUCUCAUACCAUGGUGGGAUCUUCAAGUUGGUGUGUCCAUAAAUCAGUUCUUGUCCAUCUUUGCCUCAUCCAAUUCAGAUUUCAGGCGUAGAGCAUUCUCGUGGUUGUUUGCUGAGGGUGAAAGUGAAGAACUGAAUGCUUGUCAGACAGUUGAUUCACAUUCUUUUCCACAACACUUCAUGGAAUCCAAAAAGAAGGUUGGUCUGGCCCCAGCUGCCGUUGUUCUAUCUCGAAGGGAAUCUAUGGAAGCUUCAUCAGCUUUGAGAUCACUGGACGUCAACAGAAAACCAAGAUCAACAACACCCAUCAUUGCUGCAAAAAAAUUAAAGCCUGCUUCCAAAGAAAAUGAAGACCCAGGGAUGAUCAGCAGCAACCCUUACCAGGCCAUUGUAAUUGCCAGGGAUUCUUUGAGGAAGAGAGAAGAAACAGCAAAGAUCCAAGCUGAAUUACAGAAAUUAGAUGUGGAAGUUGAUGAACUGAGGCAGAAGACUGAGGAGGAACAUGUCAGCAUACAAGAUUUGGAGUUGGUGCUGAUAAAAAGAAGACGAAGGGCUGAAAAGUGUCGACGGCUAGCUGAGGCACAAUCUUCAUACAGAGCAAUGCUAGAAAAGAUGAUUCGAGAUGCCAUGCACCAGAGUGUUGUUUACAAAGAACAAGUCAGGCUAAAUCAGGCAGCAGCCAACGCACUCAUGGCUAGACUUGAAGCUCAGAAAGCAAUUUGUGAUACAUCAGAGAGGGAACUGCAUAAGAAGUUCAAACAAAGGGACGAGCUAGAAAAACAAGUAAGACCUGAAUGGGUACAGGCAAGGAAGAGAUCAAGAAUGGAUGAUUUUCUUCCUGACGAGGUAGAAAACAAGAUUGUUCUGUAUUUACCUGAAAGUAAGUCAAAGAACAAAAUGCAGAUGGAAAUGAGAAAUGCCUUGCUAGAAAACAAUGCCCUGUAUGUGCAAGGAUUUCAGUCCAAUGGUCCUUUGCACAAGGAACUGAGAAAGUUUUUGGAGGAGGAGCAGAAAGCAUCAGAAGCUGGGUCAUCAUCCUUGAAAGAAAAUGGGGAGCAAGAAGAACUAGGAGAAGAAACCAAAGAAACUGUUCUAAGGACUAGCAUGGAAAAGCACGGGGAGUCUAGAAAUCACAAAGCCAUAGCAGCUGAGCAGAAGUCAAUUGAUGAAAAACUUCAUAACCUGGAAAUAGGGGAGGAUGGGAUGAUAGGUAACAUACGCUUUCCUGCUCAUGAUGCACCAGAAGAUGAGGAGGAUGAAGAGAGCAGAAAGCAACGUGGUAAAGGAAAUGUUGAAAAGUGGCUUCAGAUGCUGAUGGAGAAUGCAGAAGAAGAUGCUGAUUCAUAUCCUCGUGAUGUGAAUCAAAAUGAAUGUAACAAGACUGAUGAAAUAAUUGUGAAGCUAGAUCUUGUGUAUCCACAAAAGGAAUUCAAGAUUUCAGAAGCUCAACAAGGGCAGGACCUGGAAUGCGUUGAUGAAAUUGACAGCCAGCAGCAAAUCCCUGUGAAAGGUGGGGGGAAAAGCGAAAAAGAGAUUGUUGAGAUUGAAACUAGGAGGAAGUCAUUUUCGAACACUGGAGAGAUGCAGGGAGAUAAAAAGAAAGGUAUCCUUGAGCUGAAAUCCAGGGACACGCCAAUUAAGAACCCUCCAUACAGAUUAAAACCAGAGAAAAGCAAUGCACAUCAGAUAAGAUCUGAUAACAAAGGAGCAGACAACCAUGAUAACAAUGUUGUAAAUGAAAGGAAGGGGAAGAAUGGUAAGGAAAAGGAACUUGUGAGAUCUGAAAGUGCGAGGAGUUUUAGACGGAUUCCAUCUUCUCCAUCUCUGAUCUUCAGUGGUAUGAAGAAGAGAGUAGAUUGCAUAGGCAAGAAGCCCUUGGUCAUUGGUGAUGAUGCUGAUGGUGAUCAGAGACACAUGGGAGAAAACAACAUCAUCAAGUCAACAAUCAAGACAAUCAAGAGAGUUUUUUAAAACAGUCAAGUUACAUAUUUUACUUGUAUCUUCUCUUCACAUUCUUCGUUUAGAGUGUUAGCUACACUCUGCUACAGCAAUAUGAUUGAUUGGUGAGGUUUGAGUUGUU